CCUGAAUUGUCAGUGCAGAAUACACAGAAUACGAAAGUACAGAAUAACCCUCUCACGGCACGCUCUCUCACACUUCUGACAUUAAUGUCCGGCGUCAACGGUUUAAGCAGCACAGAGAAUUGUAUGCGAAGCACCAGCCAACAAAGUCCACUAAGAAAAGAUGAGAACCAAACAGAUGAUAAUGUUUCAGCUGACAAAAGUGUUUGCCCUAUACCCGGAGACGUCGAUAUUGUUGAUACAAAGAAGAUUUCAGUUGCUUGUCCAGUACCCGGAAACGUAGAUGCUGCUGAUAUGGCUGAGAUUCCAGAUGUUUAUCCAAUACCCGACGACGUCGAUACUGUUGAUACAAAGAAGAUUUCAGUUGCUUGUCCAGUACCCGGAAACGUAGAUGUUGCUGAUAUGGCUGAGAUUCCAGAUGUUUAUCCAAUACCCGACGACGUCGAUAUUGUUGAUACAAAGAAGAUUUCAGUUGCUUGUGCAGUAUCCUUAAACGUAGAUGCUGCUGAUAUGGCUGAGAUUCCAGAUGUUUAUCCAAUACCCGACGACGUCGAUAUUGUUGAUGCAAAGAAGAUUUCAGUAGCUUGUCCAGUACCCGGAAACGUAGAUGUUGCUGAUAUGGCUGAGAUUCCAGAUGUUUAUCCAAUACCCGACGACGUCGAUAUUGUUGAUACAAAGAAGAUUUCAGUUGCUUGUCCAGUACCCGGAAACGUAGAUGUUGCUUAUAUGGCUGAUAUUCCAGAUGUUUAUCCAAUACCCAACGACGUCGAUAUUGUUGAUACAAAGAAGAUUUCAGUUGCUUGUCCAGUACCCGGUAACGUAGAUGUUGCUGAUAUGGCUGAGAUUCAAGAUGUUUAUCCAACACCCGACGACGUCGAUAUUGUUGAUGCAAAGAAGAUUUCAGUAGCUUGUCCAGUACCCGGAAGCGUAGAUGUUGCUGAUAUGGCUGAGAUUCCAGAUGUUUAUCCAAUACCCGACGACGUCGAUAUAGUUGAUACAAAGAAGAUUUCAGUUGCUUGUCCAGUACCUGUAAACGUAGAUGCUGCUGAUAUGGCUGAGAUUCCAGAUGUUUAUCCAAUACCCGACGACGUCGAUAUUGUUGAUGCAAAGAAGAUUUCAGUAGCUUGUCCAGUACCCGGAAACGUAGAUGCUGCUGAUAUGGCUGAGAUUCCAGAUGUUUAUCCAAUACCCGACGACGUCGAUAUUGUUGAUACAAAGAAGAUUUCAGUUGCUUGUCCAGUACCCGGUAACGUAGAUGCUGCUGAUAUGGCUGAGAUUCCAGAUGUUUAUCCAAUACCCGACGACGUCGAUAUUGUUGAUGCAAAGGAGAUUUCAGUAGCUUGUCCAGUACCCGGAGAUGUAGAUGCUGCUGAUAUGGCUGAGAUUCCAGAUGUUUAUCCAAUACCGGACGACGUCGAUAUUGUUGAUACAAAGAAGAUUUCAGUUGCUUGUCCAGUACCCGGAAACGUAGAUGAUGCUGAUAUGGCUGAGAUUCCAGAUGUUUAUCCAAUACCCGACGACGUCGAUAUUGUUGAUGCAAAGAAGAUUUCAGUAGCUUGUCCAGUACCCGGAGAUGUAGAUGCUGCUGAUAUGGCUGAGAUUCCAGAUGUUUAUCCAAUACCCGACGACGUCGAUAUUGUUGAUACAAAGAAGAUUUCAGUUGCUUGUCCAGUACCCAGAAACGUAGAUGUUGCUGAUAUGGCUGAGAUUCCAUAUGUUUAUCCAAUACCCGACGACGUAGAUGUUGCUGAUGCAAAUAAGAUUUCAGUUGCGUGUCCAGUACCCGGAGAUGUAGAUGCUGCUGAUAUGGCUGAGAUUCCAGAUGUUUAUCCAAUACCCGACGACGUAGAUGUUGCUGAUGCAAAUAAGAUUUCAGUUGCUUGUCCAGUACCCGGAAACGUAGAUGCUGCGGAAUUGACUGAGAUUCCAGAUGUUUAUCCAAUAUCCAACGACGUAGAUGUUGCUGAUGCAAAUAAGAUUUCAGUUGCUUGUCCAGUACCCAGAGAUGUAGAUGCUGCAGAUAUGGCUGAGAUUCCAGAUGUUUAUCCAAUACUCGACGACGUAGAUGUUGCUGAUAUUGCUGAAAUUCCAGUUGUUUGCCCUAUACCCGGAGACAAAUAUGUUGCUGAUAUGGCUGAGAUUCCAGAUGUUUAUCCAAUACCCGACGACAUAGAUGCUGCUGAUGUGGCUGAGAGUCCAGUUGUUUGCCUUAUACCCAAAGACGUAGAUGUUGUUGAUCUGAUCGAGAUUCCAGUUGUAAGAAAUGUUAGCAAGUUAUCUUUUCUGGCAGCAACAGUUGCAUUGGAGUUUAGUCUAAAGAUGUGCAUCAAAGAACAAGAAGCUACUGAGGCAAUAAGUCGUACUAUCAACGAAAGUUGCUCUCACGGUGACGAUAACAGUAAGCAAUUUUCCAGGGCUCCAGUUACUACAGAAGUUACAAGCCAGUUCAUUCAGGACGAAAAGGUUGCCGAUCAGAAUAUCAUGUUGCUUGGUUCCGAGGUGCUUGUUCAAAAAGAAGAUCCGAUUCCUCUCCUUGCGAAAAUUAAUGUGCAAGAUGACAGACACGUUAAGAGAAAUGUGGAGACAACAAUAUCUUCAGAAGAUUCAAACAAUCAUCAAAGCGGCUGGAACUAUUUUUCCACCUUGAGAGCAGCAACAGCAGAUGUAGCUGAUGUCAUUGUCACUAGUCAGAAAGAGCACGUUGCCGACGUUGUUGCAUCAAAAACAGAAAUUAUAACUCCUGAAGGUAACCAGAGCGAAACAGAAAUUGGCAGUUCCGAGGCUGACCAGAGCGAAACACAAAUGGAAACUCAAGAGGCUGACCACAGCAAUGAGGUACAGUCUGGAGGCGUGGCUACCUCUGGGCUAGACUCCAAGUCUAUCGAUGCACGUUCGCCCGUCGCAGCAGAUGUAGCAGAAAGCACUGAGUACGAACAUCAACUUUCCAACUCUGAUGGCACAAUAGAUGCUGAGAAAACUAAGGGCACAAAGACUGCUAACAGCCGGAUAACCACAGUACCUUGUAAGAAUGAGCGAAAGAAAAAAAUAAAGCAUAAAAAGCCAACAACAAGGGUGGAUGCUGCAUUUGAAAGACAGACGUUGGAUCGCCUCGCAGAAAACUCGAAUGGUGUCAGUAACAGUGACGCUUUCGAGAUGAUGAGUGUCAUUUAUGAAGAAGAUAAAGCGGCCGGCAAGAUGCUUGAAGAAUUAAAGCUUUUAACUAAGCUAGAAAAAGAGCAGGAAAACAAAAUGAUUCAAAGCAAGGAUGAGGAAGAACAACUGAAAGCAGAGUUGGAUAAAUUUAAAACUAAACUUGCUGACACUAUAGAGAAAAAGAACAAAGUUGAUGAAAAGCUUUUAAAGAUCUACAAAAAAGAACCUAAUCCUGAAACUGAAUUUGGAGUCAUUGAAGAAUAUUUACUUGCCGAAAAAUUAGCGAAGACCUAUCACGAGAAAAGAAAUUUUGAAGAGUGCAGUAUAGCUUACCUGGAACACCAGUUGCAGACGACAGUUGGGCAGAAGAACCUGAAGCCUAUUAAAAAGGCAAAAGAGCCGAAAAUAAAGCCAAGAAUGACAAAAAACGCAUUGCGUCUUCAAAAGGAUAAAGGAAAUAAAGUAAGACAAGAAAAGAUACAAAAAAUUGAAGAAGAAUAUAAGAAAGGAGGACGGCAUAAGAAAGACAAAGAGAGAAAAGGGAAAUUUUUCAAAGAUCCUAUGGACAACAAUUAUAUGCCAAAGAUACCUCCUAAAAUGCCAGAAACACAGGGAGUGCUUACAGAGAGUGACCAGAGCGUUUCUAGGCAAAACUCUGCAAACAAAUCUUCAACAAUGACCAGCAGCAAUGUAAAGUCGGCAAGCAAAAUGUCACAGAUAGAAAGAAAACCCCUAAUAAAAAGGAAUAAAGGAUUAAAAUCUGGACAUAAAAAUUCACAAAAUACCACUCAAAACGUGGCUGAAACAAAGAAACAUAUUGAUACACAUGGUGGAAGCCAAACUCCUGUGGGAAACAAGAAUGUUUCAAAUGUGAAUCGAUUAAAAGCACAGCAUGUUGCAGGAACGCUGAAAACUUUUAAAGAAGAGAACAAUCGUGCAACUCAAAAGAACACAAAUGAUAUCACUAAAGCUGAGAACCCCAAACUUCCCACCCGUAAGCCAAAUUACUCUAAGUCUUCAAACACUGCUACUACCAGUACAAAUAAAACAAUGGUUGGACUUAAAACUAAGUCGGAAGACACAAUGAAAACUCAAAACAGAAAUAGUCUGCGACAUCAAUUGGAAUCAAACAAGAUUAAACAGCAUGCUGCACAACCGAAGCAUGAUGGUGAUAGGUACAUGAAGUCCAAGUUGCCACCUUUAGAGCCGCCACAGAGAAAACCAGCGCAAGAUCAAGUACCAAAACUUGCCAGAUCUUUAAAUGCAAAACAAAGGGCGCAGUUAGCUCCAAUUCCAAAGCCAAGUACAAGGGCGCAGUUAGCUCCAUUGCGAAAGCCAAACACAAGGGCACACUUACCUCCCAUUCCGAAGCAUAACACAAGGGCGCAGUUAGCUCCCAUUCCGAAGCCAAACACAAGGGCACAGUUACCUCACAUUCCGAAGCCAAACACAAGGGCGCAGUUACCUCCCAUUACAAAACCAAACACACAGAGAGUUAAUGCAAGAAACACGAGAAAACUGCCACCGAUUUCAAAGCCGGAUUUUGUAUUUUGAUAAUUAAAGAAAUUAAACAUAUGAAAUGAUUAAAAGAUCAGAGUUUUCGUUUAUA